UGUGUUUGCGGAAUAUAUUAAUUUUGCCGAAGUGAGCAGACCAGCACUUGAGGAUGUCAGGGAAUUUGUCCCUCCUGAUAUCAGCAUCACAGGACGCAUCGAUGAACUCCUCCUCCAACUCUUCUCACCCUCCUGCGCUGGUGGACUGGGAGGCGCCCACCUUCACCCGGGCCGCCCAGUUCCGCGUGGUGGCCACCUUGGUCCUCUUCCUUUUCGCCGCGUUCAGCAACCUGGCCGUGCUGAUCAGCGUGGUACGAGGUCGGGGCCGGCGGCUCGCCGCCCAUCUGCGGCCGCUCAUCAUGAGCCUGGCGGUGGCGGACCUGAUGAUGACCUUCAUCGUGAUGCCGCUGGACAUGGUGUGGAACGUGACGGUGCAGUGGUACGCCGGCGACGCCAUGUGCAAGCUGCUCUGCUUCCUCAAGCUCUUCGCCAUGCACUCCUCCGCCUUCAUCCUGGUGGUCAUCAGCCUGGACCGCCACCACGCCAUCCUGCACCCGCUGGACUCUUUCGAUGCCAACCGCAGGAAUAAGAGGAUGCUGUUGCUGGCCUGGUCCCUCAGCCUGCUCCUUGCCUCCCCACAGCUGUUCAUCUUUCGGGCGAUCAAGGCGGAGGGUGUGGACUUCACUCAGUGUGUGACCCACGGCAGCUUCCAGCAGCGCUGGCAGGAGACUGUGUACAACAUGUUCCACUUUGUCACCCUCUAUGUUGUCCCCUUGCUGGUCAUGAGCUUCUGCUACACCCGAAUCCUCAUUGAGAUCAACCAGCAGCUUCACAAGAGCAAAGGUGGAGAGUCGUGCUUGAGGCGUAGUGGAACUGACAUGAUCCCCAAGGCACGGAUGAAGACCUUGAAGAUGACCAUCAUCAUAGUGGUGUCCUUCAUUGUCUGCUGGACUCCCUACUACCUGCUGGGCAUCUGGUACUGGUUCCACCCCCAGAUGCUCCAAGUGACGCCGGAGUACGUCCACCACAUCCUCUUUGUCUUUGGCAACCUCAACACCUGCUGCGACCCCGUCAUCUACGGCCUCUACACCCCUUCCUUCCGCGCUGACCUGGCCGUGUGCUGGUGCUGUCGGCCCCAGGAUUCCUCCCCCAAGUCCCUGGACCGCCUGUCUGCUCAGCAGGGGAACCCCAGUGCUGAGCCGGAGUCUGACGCACCUAGUGUGGACCAGCUGAGAGACAACGAGGGGUAGAGAUUCAACUCAGAGUUCUGCUGUACCCCACUUUACCUCUCCCAUGCUGCGGCCCAGUGCUCUAGAUGAUCAGUCAGACAUAAUGUCAUA